GCUGGCUGGUUUAACGUCGGCGGACACAAAACCAUCCCCCGACGUCUCCUUUAAGAGGCGCAGUGACGAGUCGCCGACAAACGGAGCUUGUGAGCGCAUCUACCGACUGCUCACAUCACAUCUGCCUCUGCAUUUACGCCAAGAAAAACACUGCAUUUACAUGAAGUGGGCCGCUGGAAGUCAAGGACAUGCGCGCUCCUUAAUUGCGCAGCUCAUGCAGCUGGAAAAUACCCCAUUUCGAGGGCGCAGGACACGUUUUUGCGUGGGAUUUCCUUAUAAACGACGUUCAUCAUAUUUGUGCUCCACUAACAACCUGCUGUGGGGGAAAGAAGACUUAAUUUUGUGCCCUGAGGAUGUGAUGUGACAGAUCUCCGGUUUCUCGCUGCUGCCGCCGCUCACAGUCGCUCAUGAUGCCCAGAGCUGUGCGGAGGCUGCUGCAUCUGAUGCUCUUCUGUCCUCUGGCCAAAGGCCUGCAGAGUCGUCUCCCAGCCAUUAAGGUGAAGUACCUUCUUCUGGCCUGGUUGGGCAUCCUCAUCAUCAGCUGGAUCGUCUACAUGCAGUACGCUUCAUACGCAGAACUCUGCCGUGGGAAUGUUUGCCACAUGGUCAUUUGUGAUCACUACAGGAGGGGGAUAAUAUCAGGCUCAUCCUGCAAGGCACUGUGUGAUCAGAGAACUCUGACGCUGCACCACUGCAUGUCCACCUCCUCCACCCAUCAGGUGUACAUCGGGCUCUGGAAGGAGAGGCCUGUGGUGAUCAAAUGUGGCAUCGAGGAUCCUGGGAACACAGACGGAGCUCCAGACUCCGUACUGCGACAGGAGAUGAGUCUGUUUGACAAACCGACACGUGGAACCUCCAUGGAUGAAUUUAAAGAGAUGCUCCACAGUUUCCUCAAGACUAACUUUGGUGAACAGCCAUCCUUAAACACCUUAGUGGACACGGUUAUCACUCUGGCUGACGUCAACCAGGACCGAAAAGUGUCUCUUGCAGAGGCCAAGUCCAUCUGGGCUCUGCUCCACAUCAACGAGUUCCUGCUGAUGGUUGCCCUGCAGGAGAAGGAGCACACCCCGAAGCUGCUGGGCUUCUGUGGAGACUUGUACGUGACCGAGCUGAUGGGACACAGCUCCCUCUACAGGCUCGAGGUGCCUCAUUACCUAAAGGCCGUUGUUCCAGAGGCCUUGAGUUCCAGCCUGAACCACUGGCUGGCUCCGUCCUGGCCCCGCAGGGCUCGCAUCACCAUCGGCCUGCUGGAGUUUGUGGAAGAGGUUUUCCACGGCUCCUACGGGAGUUUCCUCAUAUGUGACGCCAGCCCUCACCACGUCGGCUACAAUGCAAAGUAUGACUGUAAGAUGGCCAACCUGCGCAGCGUGGCAUCAGAAGCUGCCGUGCGGGCUUUCUUGAAGGGACGGCGAUGCGAUACUAAUGCGGACUGCACUUACGGCCGGGACUGCACGGCCACAUGUGAUCGACUGGUCAAGCAGUGCAACACUGAGGUUGUGCAGCCUAAUCUUGCAAAGGUGUGUGUUCUUUUGCAGGAUUUCCUGCUUUUUGGAGCUCCUUCCGACCUGCAUGGGGAUCUGGAGAAGCAGCUCCGCACCUGUGUGACACUCAGCGGUCUGGCAAGUCAGAUGGAAGUUCACCACUCGCUAGUUCUUAACAACCUAAAGACCCUACUCUGGAAGAAAAUUUCCAACACACAGUACUCCUGAGAUUUGGCUGACGUGAUCUAGUCAGUUCUUCUACGUAGUGAGUGAAUUACAGUCAUGUACAAAAGUUACUUCUCCCUCUUUCAAUCAUAAAAAUAUACAAAUGAUACAAAUACAAUGCAGGACGAUCAACAUUAUGGCUUUUUAUUUUAACCAUGGCAUUACUUUUUAACAAAAAUGAAGCCAAAAAGAAACGUGGGCAAUACUAAGUACCCGUUUACUGUGUCCACAAGAUCUAUAACAGCCAAGUGCUGCUAGUUAUCAGUCAUUGAUAAUUUGGUCAUCAGCAGGUGUGUACAAAUGUAUAAACCCAGAUUUUUUUUGGCAGUUUGCUGGUCUGCAGUGUUAAGCUGUGUGUUUACACUAGGAAUGGGUGAUAUUUUACCAUUCACAAUAAACCGUCAAAAAAAUUCCCCACGGU